AUGAAAAUCAAAAAGAUUGGCGUUUUGAAGUGUGCUCGAUGCUCAUUUCUGCGAAAUACUAGUGAUCCUUUUCUUGACCAAAUAGUCACUUGUGACGAAAAGUGGACCCUUUAUGAUAAUCGUAAACGAUCAGGUCAAUGGCUUGAUCAUGAUGAGUCCCCCAAAUAUUUCCCAAAGCCAAAGUUGCAUCAGCAAAAGGUUAUGGUGACCGCUUGGUGGUCUGCAAUUGGUGUUGUCCAUUACAGCUUUCUGGAAGCCAGUCAGAGCAUUACAGCAAAGGUUUACUGCAAUCAACGUGCUGAAAUGCACGCUCACUUGCAAAAAAUGAGACCUGCAUUGGUGAAUCGACGUGACCCAAUCCUGCUCUACGAUAAUGCUAAGUCACAUGUCACAAGAAUGACGCUGCAGGAAAUCACAGACUUGGGAUACGAGAUUUUACCAGAUCCUCCAUAUUCUGAUCUUUCACCCACUGACUACCAUUUUUUAAAGCAUUUAAACACGUUUUUCAGUGAUAAAACUUUCAGAUUUAAACUAGAGGUAGACUCAACUUUCAAAGAUUUCUUAACGUCAAAGCCAAUAAGUUUUUAUCAACGAGGCAUAAAUAAUCUUGUUGAUCGAUGGCAGAGAUGUUCACGGCCCAUACUUUGA